UUCAUUAGAGUGUUGGGAGUUGAAGGGGCGAAAGCUAAUAGAUAGAAGGAUGGAUGAUGUCGGAUCUUCAACUUGCAGAACCACAUGGACGCAUUUCGUACUGUGAGGUGACUUAUUGAGUGUUGUGUUUAUAUGCUAAUAGGCAAACUGUUUUGGAAUUGGUUUUAACGCGGCUUUGUUUAAAGUUAAGGAUUGUUUCCCAAACUUGAAGAACUAACUUUAGAAGUUUUCUCUCCAUAAAACACCAAUAUGGGAGAUUUGGAAAUAUUAUCACCUGUUAGUCAGACGAUAUUACAGUGGGAUAAAGCGUGUCAUGAUGAGGUAAGAAAUUUCAUACUUUCAUAGCGGUAACAUUGUGGAGAUUCUAAAACGUGCUUCAUUUUAAACUCUGUAGACAACUUCGACUUGGCGAUGAGUAUGACUGGAAAUGGACAGGAAAACGGAGACGGUUAUAUGUCCGUGGAUCACACUUUCCACACGCCGAGUUUUGGCGAUGAAGAAUUUGACAUCCCGCCUAUUAGUUUACCACCAACUACGCCAAGCAGCGACACCAAUUCCAGUGACGUAUACGGCUCUACGCAGCCCUUAAGCCAUCAGGAGCAGCCAACACAGCAACAGCAAACACCCAACCCUAACCAGCAGCAGCAUCCACACCAACACAUAAUGUCUCCCCCUCCUCAGAUGUCUCCAAGUCCGUGUAGUCAACCAGGUGGUUUGGACAGGAUAGGGACAGUGAUGACAACCGUCUCCACUGCACCUUCUCCACCCACAAUGAUGACCUCUUUUUCUGGAUCUCCUCACCAUCAUCACCACCAGCACCAUCAAAACCCCCACGCACCUCCUUUGCAACAGCAUCAAUCACAGCAACAGCAGCAGCAACACCAAUACGGUAACCCUCAUCCCGGUGAUAUGUACAUGCUGCAGAUAGCGCCUGGCAGCAUGAUGCCACCGCAAUCAGUGCAGUUUCACGUACAACAAUAUGCAAUUCCUACCAGCUACUCCAAUGGACCAAUGCAGCAAUCGCACCUACACAUGGCCCACGCGCAGCAACAACAGCAGCUUCACCACCAAGUUCCUCACCAGCAACAACACCAUAACAUGGCCAUGCACCCUCAUCACCCGUCGGUGCAUCCCCAUCGCCAUCAACAACUGUUGCCUCCUUCUUCAAUGUUGGCAGUUCAGUUAGGCAUGCCAAGGCACCAGAGGCCGGGAUCGGUGGGAUCUUCGCCUCCAGGGUCCAAUCAUACGUCGCCUGGUCUAGAAACAAGUGAGGACAGUGAUGACAGUGGCCACUUGUCUCAGUUAAUGUGUGGCAUGAAACGCCCAUCUCCUGAACCAGUGGAAAGGCCACCUAGCGUCGGGAAACCAAUUAAAAAGCCUAAAGUGCAGAAGAAGAAAAAGAAGAGGGAUCCCAACGAACCUCAAAAGCCCGUUUCUGCAUAUGCUUUAUUUUUCCGAGACACUCAGGCCGCCAUCAAAGGUCAAAAUCCGAAUGCUAGUUUUGGGGAAGUCUCCAAAAUUGUUGCUUCCAUGUGGGACGGACUUGAUAUUGACCACAAGAAUGUGUAUAAGAAGAAAACAGAAGCAGCAAAGAAAGAGUAUCUAAAGGCUUUGGCAGCGUACAGAGCUAGCUUGGUAUCAAAAGCGGCCAAUGAUCAAUCGGAUAACAUUUAUGGAAGUGGAGCCCCGAAUGGUUCAACUCCCACAUCAAUGUCUCCACCAAUGACAUCAAUGCCAGGUCAAGCGUUGUCACCACUGCAAAAGAAAUCCCCUUUAUUGACUUCGCUGAUGGAAGGUACACCAGUAUCCAGCCUUCAAAACAUGACAAAUCCUCAACCACUGAUUAUGGGACAGAGUCCUAUGAAUGGGGGCCACCAUCCCCACAUGCUUCCUCAGCAUCUACCCCCUCAUUCUUCUGCUCCUCCCUCUCACCAAAUGCUUCACCAGAUGUUAUCACCUGGAGCUCAGCAGCAGCAACAGCAGCAGAUGAUGCAUAUGGGCUCACCUCCUCCCCCUCAUGUCAUGCAACAGCAUCAUAAUAUGCAGAUGGCAGCUCUAAACAACAACAACAAUAACAGUAUUCCUUACACUUCUAAUAUGUCCCCCCAGUUAUCUCAUCAGGGUCAGCAACAACAAGGUAUGAUGUGUGCAUCUCCCCUCCAGAAUAAUUGUGCUAGGGGAGAAACUGCCCAAGAAUGGGACAGGGACUAUUGUAGUAAUGACUGUGUAGUUUCACAUUGCAGAGACGUAUUUACGACAUGGGUUGCGUCGCGACCUCCACAGAACUCCUACGCAUCUGUGAAGUAAAGUAAAUAGAAGAUUGAAAAUAAAGUAGUUGUCAAGUUAAAAAACAAAGAAAAUCAGAGUUAAACAGCAUCGACUGCAUAUAUUUCCUGAACUUAUAAACGCACAGAUGCCAUGUAUUCAUAACAGCUAAUAUUAUAUUAACAAAUAUUGCUAUUAUAACCUCGAAAAAAAAG